UCAUCAUGAUGGACAUGGAAAUGAACGCCGCUUUAGGAGAUGAUGAAAGCGAGAGUAGUCAAUCAUCUUCCGAGGGUAGUUCAGCGAGUAGUACGUUUUGUAACUUGGAAAAUGACUAUGCGAGGAUCAUAAAAGAAAUGAAGACGAAUAACGCUUUAGCAGCAUUCGAGACGGAUUACAAAAGACUUUUCGAGUCCUUGUAUAAAUCUCAUAAGAACGAAAAAGAACUCACGUUGAAGUGUAAUUCGUUGACGAACGAGAUAGUCGAGAACACACAGAAAAUAAACGAGCUAACGAAAACCAUUGAGAUUAAUUCUUCCGAGAUCGUAAAUCUUAAGCAAGAGAUCGACAAGGCUUUGAAACUAGCGGAUGCUGCUCAUACGCGUGAACAAAACGCGCAAGAAGUUAUUGACAAUCUAAGAUUGAACAUAACGAAAUUAGCUCGUGAAAUCGAAGUGAAGAACAAACAACUUGCUGGCGAGGACGAAUCCGGAGUAAGCCAACAAAAGGAAGGCCUAUUGAGAGAAAGAGAAAAAUUAAUGGGCGAGAUGACGACGUUGAAGGAGCGAUUAAAAAAUAUGUCCCAAUAUGUCGACGAACUCGAGAUGAAGAAUAUUACCGCCGAUCAGAAGAUCAGCGAAAUGCAAGAGACAUUGGAUAUAUGUACAAGCGAAGUUUCAAGAGAAAAAAGAGGAAAAGAGAGAGCGGAAGAGGAUUCUCGUCGUUUGGAGAAUGAACUUCUUGUGAAGAACGAUGAACUCGAUAACAUUAACGAAACAUUGCAAACUGCUACCGAUAACAUUAAAAAGUUGGAGAAUACGGUGAAGGAGCAAAAGAUAGUAGAAGAUAAAUUGCAAAAGGAAUUGAGUAAGCUUACGACGAAAAAUUUAACUAUUCGAACAAAUUUGGAGCAUGCGAACAUGCACAUCGAAGCAAUAGAAAAGAAUAUUGUCGAGAAGGAUAAGAUAUUUAGAACGACGAAGUACGAACUUAACAGAACGAAGGAGGAAAACGCAAAAAAUAAGUCGGACAAGGAUAUAUUGGAGAAGAAAUUUUUGAAACUCCAUUGCGAAAAAGUAAAGCUCGAACAGGAUAUAAAACAAGCAAUUACGAACGUGAAGAACGCCGAUUACGAAAUAACGAUAUUUCGUAAGCAACAAUUGGAGGAUAAGAAAUAUUACGAGACGUUAAUGCGCGAUAAAAAUAUUUUGUCAAAGGCUAAUGAGAAUCUAAAGGAAGAAGUUAAAGCUUUAAAUCACGAAAUAUUGGUACACAAUCUAAGCCGAAAGAAAUUAGAACGAGAGCUUAAUAAUAGUAUAUUCAGGGAGACAGAAUUGAAAAAACAAAUCGAAACGAUCGAAAUGGAGAAAGAUAGAUGUCAUUUUGAAGUGCGGGAACUCGUUGAAAAAAUCGACGAUUACGUCAACGAGAUCAAAUUGAAACAAGUGGAAAUCAUGGAUUAUAAGAAACAACUCCGUCAGUCCGAGUCAAAGUACCGUCAACAACAGAACUUGUUCGAGAUCGUUCGUGCUGAAAAGAAUAGUUGUCAUAAAAGCUUGAUAGAAGCGCAAGAUGAUAUUCAGGAACUUAAAAGCAAACUACAAAUCACGAAUCAACAGAUUGAACAAUUGAAGGAGGACAUUUCUAUGAAGGAGGCAGACUUGAUAAAGAAAGAAUUUGUACUUGGUAGAACCGAAGCAGAGAAGGAAAGCUUAAAAGUCGAUCUGCAAUCUGCACGUAAGGAUAUCUCGAAUUUGAGAGGUGAAAUCGAUCAAAUGAAGGAAGAGGAGAAGCGUCUACGACAGACUAUCCAUGAAGCAGACAGAGACAUAGCUCGUCAUAAGAAAGAUAUCGAUAAUGUCAUGAACGAACGUAAUAUUCUUGGCACGCAAUUGGUUAGACGAAACGACGAGCUCUGUUUGCAAUAUAACAGGCUGAAGAUAUUGAACGGAACGCUUCAACGCGGUAAACAACAAUACAAUGAACGUCUUGAAGACAUCAGAUUGCUCAAGCUUGAGGUGAACAAGCUUAGAACCGAAAAGGUCUUAUUGAUGAAAAGUAUCGAGAAUACGUCUGACAUGCGUCAUGAGAUUUUUCAUUUGAACAGAAAUCUUACUAGGGAAAGAUUAAAGGUCAUGGCUCUCGAGGAAGAAGUACAAACGCCAUUGAAUAUUCAUCGUUGGCGAAAACUCGAAUUCUCCGAUCCAUCAGCUUAUGAAAUGUUGAACAAGAUCCAGUUUCUUCAAAAGAGAGUCAUCAAGAUGUCGGCAUUGAUAAUAGAUAAGGAAAAGAGAGUACAAGACACUGAGAAGUUGUACAUAAAUCUUCGUGAGAUUAUGGCUAGACAACCAGGACCACAGAUGACGAUAGCCUUGAAUAAAACGCGAAAGGCAUUAAGAGAUAGAGGGAAUAAGAUGAAGUGUCUCGUUUCCGAGUUGAAUAUGUACGAAGUUGAAAUAAACGAAUACAAAUUCGAUAUGGAACGUAUGAGCAAAGAAAUGUGCGAAUUGAAGACGAAGUAUUACGCACAAAAAAGGAAGUUACAAAAGGUGAAAGAAAAUAAAUCGAAGUCAUUGACGGAACCGAUAUUACCAGCUCUACCACCAAUGAAACCAAAAAAAUUCUUUGGUGGUGGUUUCAAUAUGACAAUUGCCACGUCAAGAUCAUCUUCUAUUUUAGAUUCUGCAUAAAUGGUAAAUAAAAAAAGGUCAGAGAAAUAUAUAACAAGGUAUUUAAUAUGUAUACAAAGUGGAACGAUAAGUAUGAUUACUUUGAAUACAUUUCUAACGUUGUCAUCUAAAUCCGAAUUCAACGAUAAAAAAAAUCAUUUGUUUAUUAAUUAUUUAUUAAUUCAUGCAAUUUUAUAAAUUGGUGGUUAUCUAAAUUAUUUUUUUGACGAAAUAAAACGGAUUUAGUUCGUAAGAAUUUGUUUAUAAAAAUUGUUUAUAACAAAUUGUUAAUUAAUUAUUAACAAUACAUUGAAAAAAAUAGAGAAAAUUCUGCCCUUUAAAUUGAUAUCUCAUUCAUGUUUGUACGAUUUUUAGUUUCGGAGAUAUUCUCAUAUAAAUGGAUGAUAUUUACGUUGACCCACUAACCUAUAUAAUUUCAUUCAUUGGCUCGGUGACACACUAACCUAUAUAAAUUCUAAGAAUUUACGCGAUCAGCUGGAUAUUACUACUACUAUUACUACUAUCAUUACUACGAUCAGGUGUAUUAUAGAAAUUAUGAAUGGAAAUCUUUCGAAGAUGAUAUCUAUUGAAUGAAAAGUCGUAGAGACUUGAAAGAAACACCGUUUUCAAGGGUAAUUUAUUCUUUAUUUAUUUAAAUAAUGCAAUAAUAUCGAUAUAAUAAAAUCGAUUUUG